AGCGUUUUUUUUAAUACUGUGGUUGGCAGUGGGAAGCUGACCAAACACCGCUCUAAAACUCACGGAGAUAACAACCCCAGAUAGACAAGACAUGCCGCACUAGAAAGCAUGCUAAGGUUUAUUUAAAGGAACGUGAGUGGGAAGAGAAAAAUUGAGGUACUAAAGGGCGUGAGUCCCCGGAUUGUUGAGACUGAUUGGAACUACUUACUAGAUCUUUUGUUUACUCACUUAUUCAGAGGACGAAAGAAGUGUGAUACGCUUGGUGUUUAUCAUCGUGAAAAAAGAUAAAUACAUAUAUGCCAUUGGUAUAAAUACUGGAAAGAUCGACCUACUGUCUUACAACUUCAGAUCGAGAGACACAAACCUGUUGCUCAACAUUCCACAACACAACACCAUCUUACACCAACACCAACACUAGGUACCUUACACCAAGUAAACAACAACACAACACAACUGUUUCACAAUGGCCCGUGAUAACCUCUCCAUCGUGCUCGCUGAGCGUCCCACCACCGACAUCAUCCCCGGUCAAACCUUUACCCAAAAGACAUCUCCAGCUCCCACACCAGCUGAUCUCCAAGAUGGUCAAAUCCUCGUUGAGACUCUCUACCUAUCUCUUGACCCCGCUAUGAGAGGCUGGCUCCGAGACAUGAGAUCGUAUCUCCCUCCCGUUCAAAUCGGCCAAACCAUGCGUGGUUCAUGUGCAUGCCGCGUCCUCGCCUCAAAGAGCAAGCAGGCCAAGGAAGGCGACAUCGUCUCCGCCCUAACAGGCUGGACCGAAUUCGCCAUUCUCCCCGAAGGUCGUUUCGAGCCUGCGUCUCUGUACCCCGGCCUCCAAGACCCCAAGGACAUGCUCUCUGCUCUUGGAAUGACCAGCUUGACUGCUUGGGUUGGCAUGUCCAAGAUCGCUGACCCUAAGCCCGGUGAGCUCGUCGUUGUGUCGGGCGCUGCUGGUGCGACGGGAAGUGUAGCAGGCCAGAUCGCUAAGCUCAAGGGUGCGAGAGUCGUGGGUAUCGCGGGUGGUGAUGAUAAGUGCAAGUGGCUCACUGAGGAGUUGGGCUUCGAUGUUGCGUUGAACUACAAGGCGGACGAUUUUAAGGAAAAGUUCGCUGAGGCGACAAAGGACUUUAUCGAUGUCUACUACGAUAAUGUCGGUGGCGAUAUCCUCGACAUGUGUCUCAUGCGAGCAAAGGAACACGCUCGCUUCAUCGAGUGCGGUCUCGUCAGCCAAUACAACGCCGCCAAGCCCCAGGGCCCCCGAGCAUUCUCCCAGAUCGUCACCAUGCGCAUCAGAAUGCAGGGCUUCAUCGUCCUCGACCACGUCAAGGACUUCCCCGCUGCUCGCGCUGAGCUGGCUCAGUGGAUCGCGGAGGGUAAGCUCAAGAAGACGGAGACCGUUGUUCGUGGUGGUCUCAAGGUUGCUGAGCAGGCUCUUGUGGAUCUGUACAAGGGUAUCAACACUGGAAAGUUGAUCGUUGAGAUCAAGAACCACAACGAGACCCCUUCGAAGCUGUAGAGGGUAAGCUCAAAAAGACAAAGAUUUUCGUCUGUGGUAUGAACACUGGGGGAGUUGAUUAUUGAGAUCAGGAACAAUAAGACCCCUCGAAAGUAGGGGAGGGAAUGGGAUUGUUUAUGAGAUACUCCGUACCUUGUCGGUAGUUAAUGAUAUGCCAUGAUUUAUGGAAA